UUAGCAUUACUGAAUAAUUCAUGAGGCACGGAAAGGCUGCCUUUUCUCUGGGUGAUGGAUAACUGAGCGGGAGAGCGCUCCAAGUGGGUUUGCCACAUCAGCCAGCGCUCUUGCUUGGAGCACAGGGUGCGCUCCUCUCCAGCACAGCUCUGCUCUUGCAGCCGGGCAUCCUCACUGCUGCCUGCCUGCCUGCCUGUCUGCCCACCCUCCUGGGCUUACAGCCUACCACUCGACUUUCUCCAAUUCUACUGCCAGCUGAGGAGACUCCCCACAGCUGCUGGCUUCUGCCUGGGACCAUGUGUGUGGAUGCUGCACAGGAGAAGCAAGGCGCUUGCUGCUGGCAGGGAUCCCAGCUCAGUUUCUCCUGUUGAUUUCUGGACCACAGAUGCAGCUGCCGAGGAGGUAUUUCCUGGCAUCUCUCCCUCUGCUCUCACCAGCUAAGGACUGGCCCCAAAUCAAGCAGGAAAGUGUCAGGAUGGGCCAAGCUACACGAAGCCAACGCUAGGGCGCGAGGUGUGAAGAGUUGGCCAGAAUGACCAACUCCUCCUCCACUUCGACCUCCACCACUACCGGGGGAUCGCUGCUGCUGCUCUGCGAGGAAGAAGAAUCGUGGGCGGGCCGGCGGAUCCCUGUGUCUCUCCUGUACUCGGGGCUGGCCAUCGGGGGCACGCUGGCCAACGGUAUGGUCAUCUAUCUCGUGUCGUCCUUCCGAAAGCUGCAGACCACCAGCAAUGCCUUCAUUGUGAAUGGCUGCGCAGCGGAUCUCAGCGUCUGCGCCCUCUGGAUGCCACAGGAGGCGGUGUUGGGGCUCCUGCCCGCCGGCUCCGCGGAGCCCCCGGGGGACUGGGACGGUGGCGGAGGCAGCUACCGUCUGCUCCGGGGCGGGUUGUUGGGCCUCGGGCUCACCGUGUCCCUUCUGUCCCAUUGCCUCGUGGCGCUGAACCGCUACCUGCUCAUCACCAGGGCGCCUGCCACCUACCAGGUGCUGUACCAGCGGCGCCACACGGUGGGCAUGCUGGCACUGUCCUGGGCGCUCGCCUUGGGUCUGGUGCUGUUGCUCCCGCCCUGGGCUCCUAAGCCCGGAGCCGAGCCCCCGCAAGUCCACUACCCCGCACUCCUAGCGGCGGGAGCGCUGCUGGCGCAGACGGCGCUGCUGCUGCACUGCUACCUGGGCAUCGUGCGCCGCGUGCGCGUCAGCGUCAAGCGGGUCAGCGUGCUCAACUUCCACCUGCUGCACCAGCUACCCGGCUGCGCCGCUGCCGCCGCCGCCUUCCCCGCCGCCCCGCACGCGCCGGGGCCCGGAGGCGCCGCGCAUCCCGCGCAGCCCCAACCCCUGCCGGCCGCUCUGCAGCCUCGCCGGGCGCAGCGGCGUCUCAGCGGCUUGUCGGUGCUGCUGCUCUGCUGCGUCUUCCUGCUGGCCACGCAGCCGCUCGUGUGGGUGAGCCUGGCCAGCGGCUUCUCCCUCCCGGUGCCCUGGGGCGUGCAGGCGGCCAGCUGGCUCCUGUGCUGUGCUCUGUCGGCACUCAACCCGCUGCUCUACACGUGGAGGAACGAGGAGUUCCGCAGAUCCGUGCGUUCAGUCCUGCCCGGCGUCGGGGACGCGGCUGCUGCCGCUGCGGCCGCCACCGCGGUGCCAGCAAUGACCCAGGCGCAGCUGGGUACCCGGGCGGCUGGCCAGCACUGGUAACACACCUUGCUUGGUGGGGCUUCCUAAGCCACCUGCCGCACCGGCUCCUUCUUUUGAAAGCUAUCCCCAAGCCCAGGGAAGAUCUCCAUGGAGAAGAUUUGCCUUCCUUCCCCGCGCAAUACCUGAACCAAGGUCUUCCCCUAAAUGGAGUCCCAGUUGUGUGCGGUUUUUCGACUUUUACCCUUUUGUUUCUGUGUUUUAAAGACACCUUUAGGUCCAUCCAGACACCGAGACUGCAAGAACUUGUAAACUGGCAUUUUAAAAGAACCAGUUAAUCUAUUUCAAGUUUGCUUUUAAAAAAGAGCUUUCAUAACAUACAACCCUUCCAACCUCCACCGUCUUAUAUACGAAGCACCUGGAGUGUGUGUGUGUGCAUGAGCCAAAGGGAAUAGCAUUGAGGAAGACACUGUAUAGACAGUAUCCUAACCAUGCUUCCUUCUGUUAGAGUUCAGUCUUUGUAUAAUGACCUCGAGGAGUGAAACCACAGGUGUGUGCACCAUCGUGAGUUGCCAUUGAGGCCUCAAGCCCUUUAUUCUUAAAAGGGUUUUUUAUUGAGUUAUUUUUGAAAUGAGAUAGACUCUCCAGCCAGUGAGGAAACAAACCAAAUCUAUUAUUUCUCCUCUCUAUUCGCUUCUAAGGCGGAAAGCUACCGUCGAGUGUUAAAGCGGAAAAUUAAAAAAUGUCAAGUUUUGGAUGGUCUGAAACCAGAAAUGGAAUUUUGAGAGCAAAAAGAGGCGGGGGUAUCUAUUUUAGGUAGCAGUUUCACGUUUUCUGAAGCAUGCACACUUCUUGCUACCCACAUUUGUAACCGAUUUAUUUGCCUCUGAGUGUGAUCGCAGCUUCGAACAUUCUGUACUAUAAUGGUUGCUAAGGAGAACGACUCCUGUUGUCUCUUUAAAAUAUCUCAAUGCACAUGAUAUAAUUAAACACUAAUACCAUAAUUGCAUAGCUAAUGUUAGCUGCUAUUGCAUGCUCCUAGAUGCUAGAACUUAUUGGGCAUGAGGUACACAAAGCAAUACCCAUUAUACAAGGACAUUUUACUUCUUCCAGACACCAGAAGAAAAAGCCUUUUAAUCAUUUAAAAAGAGACAUAGAUGAGCUUGUGGCUACCUAGAGUUCUUGUCUUGGCCUAGUUUAUGAGAAAAUCCCAUUUGGGGUCUUUAUCUCCCAAAUGAAACCAAUUGUCAGGGUGAUAUAGUACAGAUUGGCUCCACAAAGGUAUCUGUGCACUUUAGGGGUUAAACAAGCCACGCGUUAGGAAGUAACACUUUUAUGUUGUUCAUAUAUAUUACAAAAACAUUUACUAUUAGUAUCAUAUCUGUUGAAGACGGAAUCAUGUAGACAGUUAUGCAGAAAGGGAAUGUUCCAAAUGGGACUCUGUUCUCCAAUGUAUCAGUUCAGGUUUGCCAUCUUCAUCUUUGACUUCCUAAAUGUAUUUAGAUACAGUUACAAUGUACAAAAAUAUGUGAAAUUAUUUUGUAAAAUUAAACAGGGAAGAAAGUAACAGGAGGCAUAGACCGCCCUGAUAUCCACAUAAAAUCUGGGGUCAAAUAGCCUCGAUUAACUGUGUAAUUCAGGAGCAAAGACAGCUCGAUCUGUUGCUCUCUUGGACCAAGAAUGGUAAGAACACUUGUACAUUUGGAAAAUUGUGGGAGACACGGGAAACAGAGAUUUUGUAGUAAGACAAAAUAAACUAUGUUUGUCACUAACAUUACAUCUGCAGUCACGUCAUUAACCAAACUGUGUGCAUGUGCCAUUUUUCUCUUACAAAGAUUUCUUCUGUUUCCAGUUUCCUGGAUUCAGAUAUUUAAUUAAAGUUUAGAUGAUGCUUUCCUUGGCUGUUUCUAUUCUUUUUUUGGGUAUCUUCUCUCUGUCUCUGUCUUGAGGAUACUGUACCAGAAGACACUGUGUUCCAAAACACUACAGAUACAAAGAUACUUUUUUUCCCCUGGCUGUAAAUUUAAUUUCACUUUCUAAAAUGCUUUUUACUUCAUAGAGUUACAUAAGCUCCUUACAUUGGUCUGAAAAAAAAAAUAGCUAUGUUAUCUUUUUGUAAACUUUGAGGACUGGGUCAUGAAGAUAACCCAAGAGAGGUGGUGAUUUUCUAAAGCUCUUCUAGUUAAGCACUGCCCUUGUUUCUCAUGGGUGAUGCAAACCAGUUUCUUCUCUGUCCCUAUAGUGCGCUGCACAUAUAAAGAGCCUUGUGAAUGAGACUCUGAAACCUUGCCAUGUUUCUGGCUAGCACCCCCAGGCUGGCACUGUGCCACAUGGGAGACCUACUUUUGAUUAAUUUACUAGUAAUUAACUCCACAGAACUGACUUCUUUUAGUUUUAAAGUAGCACUGACGCAUCUAAAAAUGCCUGCCUAGGCGCUGCCUGCGAGUGUUGGAGUUACUGCUUUGACAAAUUAAAUUAAUGGAGAUUGUGUUCUUAUUUAAAUGAAACCACAUAUUAUCCACUCAGGAAUAAAAAAAAAUCCUAACUGCUAUCCUGGGCUGUCCUAAUUUACGUUUGUGCUGCCUCCUCUUUAUGUGCAUGCCUAUUAAGAUGUACAACAUCUGCCUUCCUUCUGCAUGCAUUUCGAGGGCUAAGUUCUAGGACAGAAUAGGCCCUAACUCCAUACUUUCUUCCUUCCAUGAUGAAGAGUGUUAAUAAACAAGAAUUCUGCUUGGUACAGGGACAUCUGUGGGUGGUAUUUCAGGUCAGGUACAUUUCUCUUUGUUUCAGAAUUACAGAAAAAAGAUUUCCACACUGUUACAUUUUUCUUUUCAGAGGAACCCAGCAGAGUGUGACACAUGGCAGAGAAAGGGGCGAAGGGCAAAGAAUCUUUAAACCACCGAUUAGGAAAGUUGUUGAAAAGCUCUAUUUGCCAAUAGGGAGUUAGUUGGUCUUGUUUGAAGUCACAGUGGAGGACAACCUUGUCCCUCUGAUGAUGACUACACUAGCUGACUUUGCGUCAGCCUUAUUGCAGAGUCUAGAGGCUAAGAUGGCUCUUGACCAGCCCAGCUCUAAGGCAGUCUCAGUGACUUAUAAGUUCACGGCAUGAUUCUAACAUCAGAGAACACAGAGGAGCUGGGGUAAUGGCUCAGUCAGUGCUUGCUGUAAAGGCAUGAAGACCCAAGUUCAGAUCCUUACAGUGCAUUUAAAAAGUCAUGGCAAUGCAUGUCUGUAAUUCCAGGUCUGGGAAGGCAGAGACAGAUGGGCUUGCUGGAACUUGCUGGUUUGCCACUUUGGCUAAUGGGUAAGUUCCAGAAUCCAGUGAGAGAAUCUGCCUCCGAAAAUAAAGUAGGGUGGGGGGGGGCAAUGGAAGAAGAUACUUGAUAACAGCUUUUGCACACAGACAUGUGACUCACAUGAAUAUAACACACACACACACACACACACACACACACACACACACGCACGCACACACACACCAACAUUGAGAAAAAUCAUGAUGUCCCUUCCUUUCAAGGCCCAUCCUUAAUGUUUAUGGCUCCAGUUGGAGCUCUGGGUCUAUGGAAGGGCGACCUUUCCUUCCUGGGUAUUUGACCUCAUGGAACCUCAUGCAAAUGGGCAUUGGUUAGCCCACAGCUCACAGUUCUGCCUGCACUCCUAUCUCAGCCAGAUACCUUGCCACCUCUGGCAUCUAGUGGUGAAUGAACAUAUAGGGCCGAGAGCAUUCCCUGGACGUGAUCUUCGGUUCUUUGGGCAGGACACGCCUGGGUUCCAGGCACUUGCAGCUGUUGCUAUAGAAGUUCCAGACUGCCAUAUGUCCUUGUGAGACGGGUGUUCAGAGGAGGAUGGAAGCCCUGCCUUUGAAGUGUCAGAUCUAGUCGGAGUCCCAGUUUCUCUAAGUGCAGUUGUGCUUUCAAUACUCAUUUCUAGGUCCUGUCUGGGCAGCCUCGCAUAGUUUGUCCCACCUAUAGGACCUCCUUAUUAGAGUCUCACACUGAGAUUACAGACACUUCAGAGGGCCUGAUGCACAGUUGAUGGCAAGGGAAAGACUGCAGUUAAAGCACAUGUCGGAUAUGGAUGUCUGGAAGAAGGAUGUGGUAGUACUCAGGAUGCCCUGCCCAAAUCUCCAUACAGCUGUGCACCUCUGGAAUUUUCACAAGGACACAUGCCUUAAAAAAAAUCUAGCUGAAGCUAAAUAAAUAAUAAAAAGAAAAAGAGAAGGAAGAGCACAGAAAUGAAAGGAACCAAAGCCUGAGAAGCCAUAGGGUUACUUAAGUGCAGACACUGGACUGAAAGGCAGGUCUGACUCUGUCUACUGUAAUAGAGAUAAUAAUCAGAACUUUACACAGAGCCUGGAGUCCCCUUCACAGUGUGACCAUUCCUUAAGCUGCCUUCCUGACUCAGAGCUGUUGGUAGAGCCCUGUUGUCUGCAUACUAGCCGUUAGCACAGACCAGCUUCAUGCCAGAUCACUUGAGGGCUUUCCUGGGUUAUUCUAGCCUUUUACUCUGAGAAAGCCCAUUCACUGCCUACCUCCUCGCCAGGGCUUCUCUGACCCUGUCUGGGUCUUCUCCACAGAAUUCAUGCACAACCUUAGUGCUACAUAUUCCAUUGUUAUGAUAUGUCUUUUUAAAUGUAUGCCUGUGUGUGUGCAUGUGUGAGUGUGUGUGUGUGUGUGUGUGUGAGAGAGAGAGAGAGAGAGAGGGAGAGAGAGAGAGAGAGAGAGAGAGAAAGAGAGACACACACAUAGAGAGAGAGACACAGAGAAAGAAUCUUCAAAACUAGAUAGGAAAGCUAUUUUUCUUUCAUUUAUAUCUAUUCUGUAUUAGAAUUUUUCACAACCAGUCACUAGAAGUACAUUAUGUAUUUAAAUUAAUAUAUUUGUAGCUGAUAGCAGUAAUUUUCCAUUUUAAAUUAAUUUAUGUUCAUAUAACAAAAUGAGUUUUAUCAUGGCAUCUUCAUACUUAUGUGUCAUGAUAAUGACAGUUUUUAAAGAACAAAGAUUUGACUUGUUCUCUGGAGUAUUUAUUUUUCUCACAAUGAAAUAGACUCAGGAAUAAAUCCUAGUUCCAAACUCAUAUCUUGCCAAAGGCUAUCCCAGGGUAAUAAAGUAUGGGACUGUGAGACAGGUGUCGAGGAACAUGCUGUCAGCUCUGUCAUUUGAGGAAUAUUGUUACUCUUGUCACAUGAAAAUUGUUCACAUGACUAAGUCAACAUUAGGAUGUUCUGGUUCUAAUCACUACUUUAAAUUCAGUGCCUAAUUGCUCAAGGUGUGCGGUUAUCAUGCUGUUAACCAAUGACCUGACACUGUUGCCAGAACCUGGGAGAAAUCACUAUGGGCUGUCUUUCCCUCUUCUCUGCAGUUCAGAGGUGGGCAGUGUUGGAGAAAGUGCUGGGGACUGCCCCAGGAUAUAUUUACUAUAUUUGAAUUUUCAAAACUUUCCUUAUGAAAAUUUGGUCCAGUUUCCA